GUGGCUCUGCCCAGAAGGGUUGCUCAGGAUGGAGUCUGCAUAGGCACCCUCUAAACGCGGGUGGAAAGCGGGUUUGCUCCAGACUCCCGUCUUUUUCUUCCAGCUCUUCCGUCUGGUCUGAAGUCAGAGGUUGACUUUGACGAAUGGGAGAUGGUCAAGUCGGCCUGACAUCAGCAGCUCAGGUCUUGCAAAUUCAGGGCCAACUCUCCUGUAAGAUAAUCAUGAUUCUAACUUGGAAGCUUUGGUUCAUCUCUGUUGCUGGAGCUGUGAGUCUUUCAGCCCAAGAGAACUGUCUGUUUGAGGCUGCUACUCAUUUUUGGAACUGUUCUUCGAAGGCUUUCAGUGCAGUUCCAUCUGGUCUAACAGGUGAUGUCUUGGGUCUGGAUUUGGCCUUCAAUAGGAUUGAGCAAGUAAGAAAAGCAGACCUGAAGUUUGCAGUCAAUCUCCAGAUUCUUCUGCUCCAGUCUAAUCUAAUCCAAACAAUAGAGGAGGAUGCUUUUCACACUCUUGCAAGGCUGGAGCAUUUGGAUUUAUCAAAGAAUAAGCUGACUCGCUUGUCACCCUCUUGGUUUGGAUCCCUUUCUUCCUUACAGAAGUUGAACAUUAAAGGGAACUACUAUUCGGAACUUGGGGUAACCCCACUGUUUUCUGGCCUAAAAGGUUUGAGGUUUCUUUACUUGGGAAAUGUUGCUCAUUUUUCUACUUUACGGAGACAAGACUUGGAAGGCAUUUCUACACUUGAAGAACUGGAGAUAGAAGGACUAAACCUCAACCAAUAUGAGCCAGGAAGUCUUCAAUCAAUUGAGCUCAUAAAUCACCUUAUUUUGAAUGAUCCCUCCGUUACUUCUUUGCUUUUGCUUUUACAUGAUACAAGAAAUUCUGUUGUAUUCCUUGAACUUCAAAAUGUUCAAAACUUAACAUUCUUCCUCUCACUUGAUCAUGAGGUUGCAAUGGUCACCCAGAAAUUUGUUUUCAGAAAUAUUGCUUUCACAGAUAGCAGUAUUGCUCAUCUUCUACGUUUUUUAGCCCGUAUGGGUCAUCUCCGUGAGAUACAGCUCUUGGACUCCAAAUUACAGGGUACUGGACAUUUUGGGAAUAUUCAGAACCUUUCAAGUUCCGUACAUGCAAUCACAAUUAAAAAUAUAUCAGUUAAUGCAUUUUAUGCAUUUUCUGAUUUGUCUAGUGUAAUGUAUUUGUUGGAGAACAUUACUAGUCUCACAGUUGAAAAUGCAAACGUUUACCUGGUACCAUGCCUUAUUGGAAAACAUUUCAGUUCACUGCAGUAUCUUGAUCUCACGGAUAAUUUGCUCAUAGAUCCAGCUUUAGAUCAUUCAUUGUGCCAGGGGGCCUGGCCAAAACUGCAGACUUUAAAUGUGAGUCAGAAUUCUCUGAAACAGCUUGAGGUAGUAUCACGAAGUGCAGCUCGUAUGGUAAAUCUGUGUAACUUAGAUAUAAGUCAGAAUAACUUUGAAACAAUGCCAGACAUCUGUGAGUGGCCAAAAAAUCUGAAAUAUUUAAACAUCUCAGGCUCUAAAGUGAACAAACUCACAGAGUGCAUCCCUCAAAGUCUGGAGGUGCUGGAUGUUAGCAAUAAUAACCUCCAAGACUUUAGACUGAGCCUUCCACAUCUCCAAGAGCUUUACCUCCAAAACAACAAAUUAAUAGCCCUCCCACUUGCUAUCUUCAUCCCCAGCAUCAGGAUUUUGAACAUUCGAGGAAACAAAGUAUUUGGCUUCUCUGAGCAAGAACUUGAAAACUUUGCCAACCUGCAGACAUUGGAUGCCGGUUCCAACAGUUUCCAGUGCACAUGUGAAUUUCUCUCUUUCAUGCAGUCUCAACCAGAAAAAUCUGACAUCUUUGUGGAGUGGCCAAAUAACUACAUUUGUGAUGCUCCUGAUUAUGUAAGAGGUAAAGAAGUGGGAGUUGCCCAGCUACACCUGACAGACUGUCACCUGGUUUUAGUGAUUUCCUUGAUCUGUUGCUUGAUGAUUGUGACCAUCCUGAUGGUAGCAGUUCUUUGUUACAGGUUUCAUGCCAUCUGGUAUAUGAAAAUGAUCUGGGCCUGGCUUCAAGCAAAACACAAGCCCCAAAGAGCCCCUAGUAAAGACACUGAUUAUGAUGCCUUUGUUUCCUACAGCGAGCAGGACUCUGAGUGGGUGGAGAAUGUCAUGGUGAGCAAGCUGGAGCAAGCCCAUCCACCAUUUAAGCUCUGUCUACACAAAAGGGAUUUUAUGCCUGGCAAAUGGAUUGUGGACAACAUUAUUGACUCGAUUGAGAGGAGUUCCAAAACUCUGUUUGUGCUGUCGCAGCACUUUGUCCAGAGUGAGUGGUGCAAGUAUGAACUUGAUUUCUCUCAUUUCCGCCUUUUUGAUGAGAAUAACGACUCUGCGAUUUUGAUCCUCCUGGAACCCAUUCCUGCAGAAACAGUUCCCAAAAGGUUUUGCCACCUGGAGAGGAAACUGAUGAAUACCAAAACCUACCUGGAAUGGCCAAGAGACGAAGAUCAGCAACCAAUAUUUUGGUUUAAUUUGAAAACUGCCAUAAAAUUCUAGGAGGAAAUGUAAAACUUUUAAGAAUCUUAACAUUGUGCCAAGAAUAGAUCCAUUCCAGUCUAGGCCAGGCCAGCAUUAAAUAUAUGUUUACCUGGCCCUGUAGUAGCCACCCAAACCAGUUUGAUUAUGCUCUGGCCUGCUUUCUCUUACAUGAAGGCAUUGAUAAGAUUUAUCAUACAUUUGCCUGUAGCUCUUCAUGUACAAUUACAUCUUGGCAGCUGUCAAACCCCAGAAGGUGCCCUUGGUUACUGGGAGGUGGGAGAGCCCAUUGUCCAGCCUAUGGAAAUAUUGUAACAAUAACAUUGAAAAGAGAAAAAAGCAAAAAUAUUAUAAAUAAUAUUUUUCUUAGUUUCUGUUCAAAAGUGACAAUGUGUAUAACAAAAAGAUCCUGUCCAUGCUUUAACACUUCUUCUCUAGCAACAAUGCCAUUAUAGUCACAAACAUUAUUAACCAAAGACAUAUUCAACAUUUCAUGAAAAAAAUAUAAAUGUAUGUGGAUCAUAUCAAAAUCCAUAAUUUUGGUCAACAAACCUGUCUUCAAUUUAUACAUGAAAUCAACUUAUAGUUGAGUAUAUAUAUGGUAGUUAAAAUAUCUGCUAUCUUCUCAUCAGUAGGACAAUAUUAAAUAUUAGUCAUUCCCUUUUGAUACAAAUCCUUUACUAACUGACAUUUUAAUCCAGCAGUUUUACUUCUAGGCUUUGUACUUUUCACUUUACAUAUUGUAAUUCAAGCUUGAUUAUCUUCAAACAUUACAAUAGGUUUGAUUCACCAAAGUCAUUUAACACAUGAAAGAUCCAUUCCAGUUCAUCACAUGCUCUUGCUGCUGAUAUACAUUUGGCUUCUGCUGAUGAUUGAGCUACAAUAUUCUGUCUUCUCCUGGUCCAACAGUCUGUUGAAUGUUCUCCCCAACUAGCCUCAAUAUAUAUCUAGGGUUUUAGUAAUAGCAAUAGCAAAAGCAAGUACAUUUCUUUACUGCUUAUCAGUGCACUUAAGCAUUCCCUAAGCAGUAUACAAUGUGUAAGCUAAUUGCCCCCAACAAGCUGUGUACUCAUUUUAGUGACCUAUGAAGGAUGCCAAGCUGAGUCGACCCUGAAGCCCUGGAAUUGAACUCACAACCUUGUGGCUGUGAAUGGCUGCAGUACAGGCAUUGUCUCCUUAUAGCACACCAGUCAUGAUGGUUUGGUGAACUUGUUUUCUACUCAGAAUAUUAACAGCUACUGCAGUACCAGGUCUUGCAGUUUUACUCAAAUAAAGCAGUUUCCCUCAUUAAUCCCUUCAGUUUCCAUCCCAAGAUAAUAUCUUAUUUAUCCAUACUGCUUAAUUUCUAUUUCCACUUUGAAUUUAUUAGCCAUCUCUUCAAUAUUCUCCCUGUAAUGGCAACAUAUCAGUAAAUCAUUGACAUAAGUCAGAACGUAUUGGUACUGUCCAUUCUUAAGUCUCAUACAUAAGCAAAUUUCAGUCUUUCCUUGUUUAAAUCCUUGUUGAUAUAAAAGAUUUGCCAGUUUGUCAUAACAACUGGAUUUCACACCUUUCUUUUGCUUUACCACAUUUAACAGCAUUAAUUCCACAUUCUGUCAAUUUUUCAAUACUUUGCACAUUUCUAUUCCCAUCUUCACAUGCCAUGAAUGAAGACGGUUUUUAUGAUUACAAACAUUUUUCUGGUUUGAUGUACAGACUUUCCCACAUUUCCUACAAUAUCAUCAUUAACAUCAAUAAUAUAGUGAAACCCAUCCUUUUCACCAACCUUAACUACAAGGCCAGUGCUAUCUGAUAAUUUUUCCUGAGUCACCGUUAAGUAUUACAGUAUAAUCCUUCUUUACAAUCAUUUUAGUACCAAUCAAAUUAUUUGAAGCUUCAGGGACAAAAGCAACAUUUGUUAAUGUAGGAUUUACUACUUCAUUUUAAAAAUGAGAACUCAUAAAGGCAUAGUUCCAGUUCCAAGCAUAUUUAAUCUUUGCUGGUUUGCUUGUAAUAUCUCUGGUCUAUUUUCUGUGCCAGGCCCAUUAAAACUUUAUCUAAAUCAACAAAUGUAAAUAAAACUACCACUACCAAAGAGAAAAUGCCCUCUAUCAUUUACAUCCUGAUGAUCAGAUAUCUGAAAGACUUAAUUAUUCUUAUGAGGAUUUAUAUUAUUAUUAAAUCUUUGGCUAUACCUAUUAUCCAACCAUUUACCAAUUUGUGUGAAAUUUCUAUAACUAUUAAAUAUGAAGAGGGGAUGUCUGCUUUCAAGAAACUACUAUGCACAGAUAAUAAUCACUUAAAUAGUAAAAUGUAUAAAUUGUUAUCAAACUUUAAUAUGGAAGAACAGGCAAAAGAUUGCAUGGUUAGUAGGAUGAUAGGUUUAGGUCAUACCAUACAAGUGAAUCAAUGGAAAGAUGUCUACAUUAAUGGGUUAAAAUUUACUUUUUGUUAUAGUCUUAAGUAAAUUUAUAUAACAUGAUAUUUAUGUGGUAUAUGAUCCCAGUUAAAUUAGCAAAACUAUAUAAAGGCAUGAGUAAAACCGUUGGAAAUGUAAAAAAAAAUUAGGAUCAUUCUUUCUGGAAAUGUAAAAGAGCAAGCAAGUUUUGGUUCAAAAUUAAUAAAAGGAUGCAAAAAUAAAAAUAAUACCAGAA